AUCCGCUGCUUCCCAUUCCAGGCGCAGGGGCACAACAUGGCGGAUUAGGAGGCGACCGACGCGCCCGGAUACAGCGAAUAAAUCGUGGGAUACCGAGUCCCCGUGUUGCGGAGACGUUAGGAAUACACGUUUCGCUGAUAGGAGGAUAUAUGCGUAUACUAUCGUCCACUUUUACGCCUUCCACAGACAUGCGUUUUGGAUACCAGUAAACGCAUUCCGUUGCCCACUCCAAAUUGGCUGUCUGUCCGAGACCAUUCCUCUCACCCAGGCCCCCCACCCCGAACGCACUCUCGGUUCCUGGGGUGUGGAGACAGGGGCCGGGGAAGUGGAAAACAAUCGCACUUUUUCUGGAGCAUCAAGCUGCUAGUGCGGGACAGGGGUGACGAGGAGAUCGUUGUGCGAAUGAGUGAGUGAUGCGGGUUUCGUUUCUCCAGGGCAGGAUGGGUGUAGGUCCUCUGCUCCUGCUGAUACAGGUGGCCUGUGUGGCCCUCAGCACAGCUCAGGAUGUCUCUCACCCUUCAGGUGCAGUCCCGACCACCAAACCUACAGGCCCUCCUCCCACAACACCCUCAGUCACAGUCACCGAGAAGCCCCCAUCAAACACCUCACUUAUAACACCGUCCCCUGUACCUGUGAGCUUCAAUGACUCUGUAGCCGUGGUGGACCCACAAGUUUUCACCGACCUACCUUUGGUUCCCACUCCAACGAAGUCUGUCCCAACUAAACCUUCACCUUCCCCUUCAACCCCAUCUGAUGGGUCGCCAUCCCCUACCACCAACAGCACCAGGGAUCACGAGACGACUGUUUUAACUACAGCAGAAAGCCCGUCACCCGAUCUGCCAUCCACUCAGACUCCUUCAGAGUUCGAAACUGAUAGUCCGUUUGAUCAUACAGGUCCCACCAAGCCUGAAUCGAACCAGCCUUCAAAUAAUGAAGAUAACGGGCAAGACGAGACGCCGAUCAUGGCUGUGAUGGUCGCCCUAUCCUCUCUUCUGGUGAUCGUCUUCAUCAUCAUCGUCCUGUACAUGUUAAGGUUUAAGAAGUACAAGCAGGCAGGGAGCCACUCCAACUCUUUCCGGCUGACCAAUGGCAGAGCUGAUGACACAGAACUUCAGAGUGUGCCACUAUUGGCCCGCUCCCCUAGCACCAACAGGAAGUACCCGCCCCUUCCUGUCGAUAAGCUGGAAGAGGAAAUGAACCGUCGAAUGGCUGAUGACAAUAAACUCUUCCGGGAGGAAUUCAACUCGUUGCCUGUAUGUCCAAUUCAGGCUUCAUGUGAUGCUGCCUCAAAAGAGGAAAACAAGGAGAAGAACAGAUACAUCAACAUCCUGCCCUAUGAUCAUUCUAGGGUGCAUUUGACCUCCCUGGAGGGCGUUCCUGACUCGGACUACAUCAACGCUUCUUUCAUAAACGGUUACCAAGAAAAGAACAAAUUCAUUGCCGCACAAGGGCCAAAAGAGGAAACGGUCAAUGACUUUUGGAGGAUGAUCUGGGAACAGAACACUGCCACCAUUGUCAUGGUAACCAAUCUGAAAGAGAGGAAAGAGUGUAAAUGUGCCCAGUACUGGCCGGAUCAGGGAUGCUGGACGUACGGGAAUAUUCGUGUGUCAGUGGAGGACAUGAUGGUUCUGGUCGACUACACCAUCCGCAAGUUCUGCAUUCAGCAGGUGGGGGACUUGUCUGGCAAAAAGCCCCAGAGGCUCGUCACGCAGUUUCACUUCACCAGCUGGCCGGAUUUCGGAGUUCCUUUCACUCCCAUCGGCAUGCUCAAAUUCCUCAAGAAGGUCAAGACAUGCAACCCACAGUAUGCAGGACCCAUAGUGGUACAUUGCAGUGCUGGGGUGGGCAGAACCGGGACCUUCAUCGUGAUAGACGCCAUGCUGGAUAUGAUGACGGCGGAGAGGAAGGUUGAUGUCUUUGGGUUCGUCACGCGGAUACGUGCUCAGCGCUGCCAGAUGGUUCAAACCGACAUGCAGUAUGUGUUCAUAUUCCAAGCUUUACUGGAGCACUAUCUGUAUGGGGACACAGAGUUGGAAGUGACGUCUUUGGAGUCUCACUUGGGUAAACUCUACGCUCCUCUACCGGGGGCCGGCUGUGGAGGGCUGGAAGCGGAGUUUAAGAAACUCACCUCCAUAAAAAUUCAGAAUGACAAGAUGAGAACAGGGAACCUGCCAGCCAACAUGAAGAAGAAUAGAGUUUUGCAAAUCAUUCCAUAUGAGUUUAACAGAGUGAUUAUUCCUGUAAAACGAGGGGAGGAGAACACAGACUACGUCAACGCCUCUUUUAUAGAUGGAUACAGGCAAAAGGACUCGUACAUGGCGUGUCAGGGGCCGCUGCAGCACACCAUCGAGGACUUCUGGAGGAUGAUCUGGGAAUGGAGAAGCUGCUCUAUCGUAAUGCUGACCGAGGUGGAGGAGAGAGGACAGGAGAAGUGUGCUCAGUAUUGGCAUAGCGAUGGCGUAAUGGUUUGUGGGGACAUGUCCAUUGAGCUGAAAAGAGAGGAAGAAAGCGAGAGCUACACUGUUAGAGACCUUCUCGUCACCAAUAACAGAGAAAAUAAGGCUCGCGCUGUGAGGCAGUUUCAUUUUCACGGCUGGCCAGAGGUGGGCAUUCCCUCAGACGGGAAGGGCAUGAUCAACAUCAUUGCUGCAGUUCAGAAACAACAGCAGCAGUCUGGAAACCACCCUAUCACUGUGCACUGCAGCGCCGGCGCGGGGCGUACAGGGACGUUCUGUGCUCUGAGUACAGUCCUGGAGCGUGUGAAGGCAGAGGGCAUUCUGGAUGUUUUUCAAACGGUGAAGAGCCUGAGACUUCAGAGACCGCAUAUGGUGCAGACACUGGAGCAGUAUGAGUUCUGCUACAAAGUGGUUCAGGAAUAUGUCGAUGCCUUUUCUGACUACGCCAACUUUAAGUAAAGCCACGCCCACCCGAUGAUUAUUGGACAGACUCUCCAGGUCUCGCACUAACCACGCCCACCUGACGAUUGAACAGACUCUCCCAGUUUUACACAGAGACAUGCACUCACGUUCACACUCUUACGUACACAUUGCAGAAAUACACGACUGGGGAAACGGACAGACUGCCAACGCAAAGAAAAAGGGAAUUAAAAUCCUUUGACCGGCAAGGACAAAAUCAGUGGUGCAGAAGAUGGAAAAAACAAGACAACACCAUUAGAGAUGCCUUUCUGAAUAUUUUGUAAUAUUGCUCUUGUUAAUAUGGCCCUUACCCAUUUCUCCGUGUAAAUAUGCUAUUCUAAUUUUGUUUGGUUUGGUUUUAGAAGCCAUUUUGCUGCGGUUUUAGAGUGACCUUUCUAAUAUAGUUUACCGGUAUGUAAAAACACACUUAAGUAUUUUACAAUGCCGCUAUAUGGACGGACGCAAAAGAGCGGUGGCUAGAGGCAAAAUAAGGGUGUUUUUUUCCACGGGGUGUUUUUAUGAGAAAUCGUUUCCUUCGUUCUUUGCAGUUGAGUGGCUGAAAUGUAUUUGAAUGGCAGCUCAAUCUCUCUUUGCUGUUGCCUGUAGCCACGUAACGGAAUCGACCGAUCGUAACGCGGCACAAAUGGAUGCGUUUACACAUAUGCAAUUGCGUUCCACUUCACUGUGCUUUUCGAUUGAUAAUGUCUUUUUAGCUGGUCGUUUUUGAAGGCACCACCUUGCUGUCGACAGGGACCCUUUUGUGUGGAGCGUGACUUAAACCCUCAGAUGAUGUUCAGAAUGAGACUUGUCAAGUGUGUGUCUUGUAAUAUCUGUUGUUACACAAACACUGCGUGUGUCAGAUCCAGUUUGUGUUUGGCGUCAGUCUAGAUUAAGAUAAAAUUGAGUAAGAUUAAAGACGGCAUCAAACUAACACAAGAAGGGUUUCGAUUAGAAUGGAUUCUCAGUCUAAAUACAGUUUGUUCUUGUAGGCUCUUUGUAUAGUUUCUUUUUUUUUUUUGCACAGUUCACUCGAAAAUGAACUUUUUUUAGGUCAUUUACUCAUAUGGUUUCAAACCAGUCUGACUUGAAUCUGUAAAACACAACACAAGAAUUGCACUGGUGGCAACUUUUUGUAAUUACUCCACAGGGGUAAAAAAAGACGUGGAAAUACUAUAAAUGAUUCAAAUGUAGUUCAUACAAUUUUUACACUAUCUCUGCAGUUUAAACCACCGCUUACAUAUAUUCUUUUGCUUUAUAAGAUCUAUUGAAUUCAUUGAAAAGAUUUGAUAAAAAUUAAGUUUUUUGGAUGGUUUUAUAAGUUGGACUUUUUAAGAUUUUGUCUUAAAAAAUCUGCUCCGUACACACUUUAGAAGACUUGAAUGUAUCGUACAAGUUGUAUGGACUACGUUUAUGAUGCUUUUAUGGUACUUUUGUGUCUUUUAAAAAAAGCUUCAGUCCCCUUUCAUUGUAUUAUUCUGUCAAAUUGAUUCUCAUUCUACAAAACAAAACAAGUCAAACGGCUUUGAAACUACACAGUAGGAGUAAAUACAGACAGUAUUUUCAGUUUUGGUCAGACUAAGGCUCAAUUUCGUUUUCUUAAUCCCUUUGAAUGGCACCUUGUGUAUUUGUAACCGAGGAAGUGAUGUUUUUACUCACCCAGGCGUCUGUUGGUUGGCCCGAACGAUUGUGGUUGACAGUAAUACUUUUUCUUCCUCUGAGCAGAAUGACCCUCAGUGGUCCCGCCGAGGCAGAUUAAAAAUACUUGCAAGGUACAGCGUGUACGUCCAGAAAGCUCUAAAAGAGUGGUCACGUGAUCACCUGAUCAUCUGUUCCUGCCCAUAUAGCCGUUGUGCAAAAGUCAAUGAGCCUUUCCAGCCCCACUGAGCCAAUUAAAUCGAUACGUACAAGAUGCAAGAUCGCAAUGAUGUUUAGUAGUGUUCUGUUGUUCAUCUUAAAGGGGAAGUACCUCAAUUUGAUGGCUUCCCACAACUAAUGACGUCAUGUGAAAAGACUAAAAGUUGAAUGAUGAUGUCUGUGAAAAGAAUGUUAGUGUCUAGAGAUAGUAUAAAGUGAUCGGAUGGAUGUGGCCCUGGUUCAACACUGCCUAAUGUAUGUUUUAUGAAAUGUGUUCGCUCAUAAAUGUAUGUAAACCCAAUGGGUGUCACUCCAGAUCAAACCAUCACUCGCUUAUUCAUUCCAUAUCUUUCUAAAUUUUCUUUGUAAUUGUUUAAUUUUACGAUCUAUGAUGUUCUGUGAAGAUCUACGAUGGAUCUAUCUAUUAUGACACAGAUUUGGAAGUAGUUCCGUGUUACCGGCUUCAUUUUAGGAAAUUAUAUCCCAAGACGUUCUGACAGAUAUUGCGUAAGUGAAUCAAGGGCUUUAUAGAUUUUGUUGUCAACUGAUUUCCUUAAAGCAACACCGACCCCCUUCUACAUGAGACACUGUGCCAAUACCAGCCUCUCACGGGCGGGAUCCCUCUCCAGAUGUGCUGUUCAGUUUGCUGAGAAUGUGCCUCAUCAUGUUUGAGUAGCUUCAAGCAUAUUUCCGUCUGCCCAUGUUUUCCGAAUUCUCCAGCCUGAUUCAUUCACAGCUGUAGCCGAUCCACAGCAUAUGAUAAUCUGUAAGAGGACCCAAAUGAGUAGUCGGAUGCUUUUUAAUCGUGUUUGUUUCUAUGUUUGUGAUGUCCGAUUAUCAGUUUUCAGUUCUUUUUUAUGACAUUCCAUGUAAUUUCCUAAGGCCACAAUCUCGUUUCUUGAAGGAAGCAACAGUUUUUUGGGCAGUUGGAGAAUUCUCCUUUUAAAACGAAGCUCUUAAUGUACGGGAGCGAUCAAGUUCUUAUGCUCAAGAGGGGAAGCCCUGUCUGGAGUCUCACGUCGUUCCCAUGAUGUAUGUUACGCUCUGCUCAAUGAGAGAGCUGAAGAUACCGUCUCCUCGGAUGAGAGAAUAAGAAAGACAGCAAGCAAUUUUCUCUUAUGUUAUGGAAUGGCUGAUUCUCUUUAGUGUUCCUUCUCCUAAAACCUUUGCUUUUUUUAUUUGAUCAUUUCCCAUUUUUAAUCUCCUCUCGAGUACAACUGCACGUUCCAACCUUAAAAGUUUCCGUUUGCCUUUCCUCUUCAUGCACCCUUCUGUACAUAAUGUAAGGAUAUUUAUAUUUCAUUCCUGUCUGUUGCCUAGCAUUUUCCCCUUGCUUUUUUACAUACAUGUAUAUUAAACUGUACUGGGACCAUUUUGAAAUGUAUUGGACGGUUUCUUUUUUCCUGUUUUUAAUUCGGUAUUAUUGUCUUAAUUGUAUUUUUUAAUUUGCAUCUGUUUUUCUAGUGUUUUGUUAUUCAAAUUUGAAUAUAUAUGUAUAUAUAAUUAUAUAUAUGACGCAAAUUAUAUAUAAUUAUAUAAUGCCAAAC